UAUAAAUAUGGAGAGUGCUGGCAGGUGGAUUAUAUCACACACCCACAAACUCACCCUGGCACCCACCAUGUGCUUACAGUGGUGAAAGCAACCACUGUUGGCUGGAAACAUAUCUCAUACUCUGUGCCACCCCCCAUCUGAAAAGGCGGGGAGGUCACUCCACCUUGGAGCCAUUUUAUUUUAUUUGCUUUGCCUGAAAUCACAAAGAAAGAGAGAGAGAGAGAAAGCCUAGCAAAGCUCCAUGUGUCUGCUCACAAGAGAGGCAGGCACUGAGCACGGAGCCUGGAAGAAACGUGCAGGAGGAACACUGCAGUAAUAUGGGAUAAUAACCCUGCAAAGACUGAGAGGCGGCUGAAUAGCUGUAUUUUCUGGAGCGCCAUGGUAUUGUAAGAGAAAAGCCAGUAAACAAAUACUUUCACUGAGAAGCAGGGGAAGAGGGGGAGGCACGGUUGUCCCUCAAAGAGGAGUUUCAGAACAGGGGGAUAGCAGUGAGAGAGGGGAACUGCUCAUGAUUAUGGCCCUUGCAGACAGCAGUAAAGUCAGACCACAGCCAAGCAGCACACCACUAUCCUCUCCCAUCUCCAAAAACCCAAGCUUCAUGGCCUGGAGGACACCAGACUGGCUCUGCACAAGGACAUUGGUUCCUCAAGGCAGGUUUCAUCCCAAUGGGACCAGAUCUCAUCCAUUCCUCCCCCAGGGCUUAAGACACUCCUGGGAAAACAAGAUUCUGUUAGAGUCCCAGUGGCUGACCUCAUCCAUACUGGGGACCACCGACCUCCAAAUGAUGGGAGCAAUACAAUUGCAGCCCCAGCCUCACCUACCCACUCUAUCCUGGGAUGGAUCAGGCAGUGAUGCCUCAUGGCAAACUGGCUGGUGGCAAGCACUGGUCAGCACACAACAGUCCCAGCAAGAGUAAUGGGACCAAAUCCAUCCCCAGCACAAGUGGGCUGACAUUGGUGGUUUUUGGCUGCAGAUAAUCAUGUCCUUCGAGCCCAGAUUGCUACCUGAGGACUUGCAAUAGAUACAGAAGUGAGAAGCUAUCUAUUUUCAAAUCAAGGCAACUUUAACCCAUAAUCCAGAGCAUGGGUAGGAGGUGAAGCCACUUCAUCACAAGGGAUUUGUCUGCUCAGAGCACAAACCUAAAGGAGCUCAAGCCUGCAUGGUGUAAUUUAACAGUGUUUUGCAUUGAGGAUGCUGUUCCUAUAGCUACUGUAGGAAGCUUAGCAACCUCAGGCUCAGCUCCUGGGGCACCAUGUGUGCUCAUGGAGGUGUCCAGAGAAGAGUAGGGACACAGCAUUUUCACCCAUGCGUUGCCAUCACUCACACAUUGCAGGCACCCAUGCUUUAACCCCUUAUGCCCUAUGCUCUGUGCUGAUGUUGCACUGAAUGCAGUAGCCACUGCAUUUCUGCUGGAAACACAGGUACAUCAGACUUUGUUAGUACCAAAUCAACUGUAACUUUUAAAAAUACUAUAGGAAUAAAAUUCUUCUUCUAUCAUUGUUUGUCAGCUGGAGCCAGAACGCUGGGAUUGCAUGCUCUGGAGAAGGCCCAUCUUCUCCUCCCAGCCCUGGGCUUUUCCCGGGGCUGCUUUGGGCUCUACCAAGGCCAAUGAGACUGUGCGCGUGUAAAGCUGGCCCCACAUCUCUCUAGACUACUUGCCUCUCUAACCUGAGUGCAGUGUCAGGUCUAACACUAACCACACUCCCUUUCCUCUUUGUCCACAGGUCCUCCGCACGCUUGGCCAGCCAAGGUUGGCUUAGAAGGCUCUUCCCUCUCUCAAGAAAAUGGGGACUGACAGUGAAAACCCAGUCCUGAGAAACGUGCUCAUCAGCUUCAACUUGCUGCUGCUGGGUGCUGUCCUGAAGCCAUUUGAGUGCCGGCUGGAGGUGACAACAGAACCAGCCGAGAGGCCAGCAGUGGAUGAGGAGGGGGGCCUGGCCAACUGCAGCCCACCCACCAAAGAGCAGCCCAUGGUCUUCCAUCACAUCUACAACAUCAACGUCCCCCUGGACAGCUGCUGCUCCUCCAUGCUCAGGUCUUCGGCUGAGGAGGUGAGUUCAGAAGACGACAGGCUGGCGGAAUACACGGAGCAGACCUCCGACAGCGAGAGCCAGGUCACCUUCACCCACAGGAUAAACUUGCCCAAGCAGGCCUGUAAGUGCUCCACCUCCCUCCCGUCCCUGCAGGAGCUGCUGAGCAGGAUUGAGAUGCUGGAGAGGGAGGUCUCCAUGCUCCGGGACCAAUGCAACUCCAAUUGCUGCCAAGAAAAUGCAGCCACAGGACGCCUGGAUUACACCUUACCGUGCAGCGGCCACGGGAACUUCAGCCUGGAGUCAUGCCGCUGCGUCUGCAGCGAGGGCUGGGCGGGCAGCAACUGCUCAGAGCCACGAUGCCCGCGGGGCUGCUCCAGCCGCGGGGUCUGCCUGGAGGGUCAGUGCGUCUGCGACAACGACUACGGCGGCGAGGACUGCUCCCAGCUCCGCUGCCCCGCCGGCUGCGGCUCCCGAGGGCUCUGCGUGGAUGGAGAGUGCAUCUGCGAGGAGGGCUUCGGUGGGGAGGACUGCUCUCAGCCCCGCUGCCCCCGUGACUGCUCAGGAAGGGGACACUGUGAUAAUGGCACCUGCGUGUGCGCCGAGGGCUAUGCCGGGGAGGACUGCGGGUGGCUGAGGUGUCCCAACGCCUGCAGUGGACGAGGUGUCUGCCAGGAUGGCCUCUGCGUCUGCGAGGAUGGCUACGGAGGGCAGGACUGCUCGGCAGUGGCUCCUCCUGAAAACCUGCGCGUGACAGGGAUCAGCGACGGCUCCAUUGAGCUGGCAUGGGACAGCCCCGGGGCAGCCACCGAGUACGUGGUAUCAUACCAGCCAGCAGGGCCAGGGGGAUCCCAGCUCCAGCAGCGGGUUCCUGGGGACUGGAGCACCAUCACCAUCACGGAGCUGGAGCCAGGUGUUGCCUACAACAUCAGCAUCUACGCGGUCAUCAGCGAUGUCUUGAGCAGCCCUGUCACCACCAAGGUGACGACCAACUUGGCCACGCCGCAGGGGCUGAAGUUCAAGACCAUCACAGAGACGACCGUGGAGGUGCAGUGGGAGCCCUUCUCCUUCCCUUUCGAUGGCUGGGAGAUCAGCUUCAUCCCCAAGAACAACGAGGGCGGUGUGAUCGCCCAGCUCCCCAGCACCGUCACCACCUUCAACCAGACGGGGCUGAAGCCAGGAGAGGAGUACACCGUCACCGUGGUGGCUCUGAAGGACCAAGCCAGGAGCCCCCCAGCCUCUGACAGCAUCUCCACCCUCAUCGACGGCCCGACGCAGAUCCUGGUGCGGGACGUCUCCGACACAGUGGCCUUUGUGGAGUGGACGCCGCCGCGCGCCCGGGUGGACGCCAUCCUGCUGAAGUACGGGCUGGCGGACGGGGAGGGCGGGAGGACCACCUUCCGCCUGCAGCCCCCCCUCAGCCAGUACUCCCUGCAGGCCCUGCGGCCCGGCGCCCGCUACCACCUCGCUGUCAGCGCCCUCCGGGGCGCCAACGAGAGCCAGCCGGCCCUCGCCCAGUUCACCACAGAGAUCGAUGCCCCCAAGAACCUACGGGUGGGCUCACGGACCCCUGCCAGCCUCGAGCUCACGUGGGACAACAGCGAGGCAGAGGCACACAGCUACAGGGUGGUCUACAGCACCCUGGCUGGAGAGCACUACCACGAGGUUCUGGUGCCACGGGACACAGGCCCCACCACCCGGGCCACUCUUGCAGAUCUGGUGCCAGGGACAGAAUACGGCAUUGGGAUUUCAGCCGUGAUGGACAGCCAGCAGAGCGUGCCAGCGACCAUGAAUGCCAGGACUGAGCUUGAUAGCCCCCGGGACCUCCUGGUGACAGCUUCCACAGAGACAUCCAUCUCACUGUCCUGGACCAAAGCCAUGGGUCCCAUUGACCACUACCGUGUCACCUUCACCCCUGCCUCGGGGAUGGCCUCUGAGGUGACGGUGUCCCGUGACGAGUCGCAGCUCACCCUCUCUGAGCUGGAGCCAGGGACGGAGUAUACCAUCUCCAUCAUCGCUGAGAGGGGACGGCAGCAGAGCCUGGAGGCCACCGUGGAUGCUUUCACAGGGGUCCGGCCCAUCACGCAGCUGCACUUCUCCCAGCUGACAUCCUCCAGUGUGAACAUCACGUGGAGCGAUCCAUCCCCACCUGCAGACAGCCUGGUCCUCACCUACAGCCCCCGGGAUGAGGAGGCGGCACAGCAGCUGGCACUUGAUGGCACCCGCAGGCAUGCCAGCCUGACGGGCCUGCGGCCGUCUACGGAAUACCUGGUGUCCCUGGUGGCUGUCCACGGUGCAAUCAGCUCUGAGCCUGUCACAGGCUCCAUCACGACAGGGAUGGAUGCACCAAAGGACCUCAGAGUGGGCAACAUCACCCAGGACUCUAUGGUCAUCUACUGGAGCCCUCCUGUUGCCACCUUUGAUCACUACAGGAUAUCCUACCGUGCCGCUGAAGGGAGGACAGACAGCACGGCCAUCGGCAGCGAUGCCACCGAGUACACCAUCCGCCUUCUGCAGCCUGCCACCAAGUACGAGAUCGGAGUGAAGAGUGUGCGGGGCCGGGAGGAGAGCGAGGUGGCCUCCAUCACCACGUACACAGCCAUGGAUGCCCCGCUGGGUGUCACCGCCACCAACAUCACCCCCACCGAGGCACUGCUGCAGUGGAACCCACCGCUGAUGGAUGUGGAGAGCUACAUCCUCGUCCUCACCCGCCACGCAGUUGCAGGAGAAACAAUUCUGGUGGAUGGAAUCAACCAGGAGUACCAGCUGACCAACCUCCUGCCCAGCACCACUUACACGGUCGCCAUGUAUGCCACCAACGGGCCGCUCACCAGCCAGACCAUCAGCACCAACUUCACAACCCUUUUGGAUCCUCCAACAAACCUGACUGCGAGUGAGGUCACCCGACGGAGUGCACUGCUCUCCUGGGUGCCUCCCAUAGGAGACAUUGAGAACUACGUCCUGACCUACAGAUCAACUGACGGAAGUCGCAAGGAGCUGAUUGUGGAUGCUGAGGACACGUGGAUCCGCCUGGAGGGUCUUUCUGAGACCACCGAGUACACCGUGCGCCUGCAGGCUGCCCAAAACGCCAUGCGGAGCGGCUUCAUCUCCACCACAUUCACCACGGGUGGCCGUGUCUUUGCCAACCCUCAGGACUGUGCCCAGCACUUGAUGAACGGAGACACGCUGAGCGGUGUCUACACCAUCUCCAUCAAUGGGGACCUCAGCCAGCGGGUGCAGGUGUUCUGUGACAUGAGCACGGAUGGCGGUGGCUGGAUCGUCUUCCAAAGGCGGCAGAACGGGCUGACCGAUUUCUUCCGAAAAUGGGCAGAUUACCGGGUUGGCUUUGGGAACUUGGAGGACGAGUUUUGGCUGGGCUUGGACAACAUCCACAAGAUCACAUCGCAGGGACGCUACGAGCUGCGCAUAGACAUGAGGGAUGGCCAGGAAGCAGCAUACGCCUACUAUGACAAGUUCUCCGUCGGCGACUCCCGGAGCCUCUAUAAGCUCCGGAUAGGAGACUACAACGGCACUUCUGGGGACUCCCUCACCUAUCACCAGGGCCGUCCCUUCUCCACCAAGGACAGGGACAAUGAUGUGGCCGUGACCAACUGCGCCAUGUCCUACAAGGGAGCCUGGUGGUAUAAGAACUGCCACCGGACCAACCUCAACGGCAAGUACGGAGAGUCCCGGCACAGUCAGGGAAUUAACUGGUACCAUUGGAAAGGCCACGAGUUCUCCAUCCCCUUCGUGGAAAUGAAGAUGCGACCUUACAACCACCGGAACAUCUCUGGGAGGAAGCGACGGUCCCUACAGCUCUGAGCCAGAAGAACUCCCCUCC